AAUAAGAUAUUAACUUUUUAAGGGCAGCAAGUUAAAUGAGUGUCACAAUUUUCAGAAUAAUUUAAGUAGCAAGCAAAACGACUGUCAAAAAGUGGUCAAAUAUCCACUUGCAUCAAGUCAAAGAGCUGUUGAUAUAAGUUAGCACCGAUGUUUGCACAUCGCGCCGAGGGUUACGAUAUCUAUAGAAUAUUAAGUGUUAGUACUCCCUUAUCCGUUCAGUAGUCCCGCGAAAGCCUUACCGGGUAAACGUAACCCAAGGUUGCCAAGGACGAACGUUCUGUGUUUUUGAAAUAACAGCCAGUGUCAUUAUUAGCGGCCAUUUAAUUAAAAACAAAACUAACUCGAAUCAACUGUCUUUUACCCAUCGUAUUUUUUUUCUUGUAUUUUUUUAAAUUUGGCGUACGUCAUGAGUUUUUAAUAACAGAUUUAUUUCUGCAUAAAACCUUUUUUGUUUAAAUAACUUCACGAUGUAUGGGUGGUUAUUAGAAAGUGUUCAGCAUUUCAUAGUGGAAGAAUGCGGGGAAGAAAUAUGGGAAACGAUUCUACGGGAAUCGGGAGCGAGGAACACCGUGUUCAGUGCCACUCAGCAAUAUCCAGAUGCUCUUAUGCUCCGGCUGGCAAGUGCGUUAGCUCGAUUGAUCAGCAAAGAUCCCAACAGCCCUACUCCAUCUACACCAGGCAGUCCCGCGUUACAGCGCACGCCACCCAAAAGACCCUCAAUAAAGUCUAAACCAAGCUGGAGAAGUGCCUCAGUCCAUACCGACAACAGAACACAAAGCUACAAGUGCCCAUUCACAGCCACGAAUGCUUUGAAGAAUGUUACUAAACAGGAAAUCGAGGCCUACAACUCCUCAGAAGAGAUCAGAUCACCCGUCGCAGCGUCUACCGGCAAAAUUAACGAGACCAGGAUUAGAGAGGAAGCUGAAAUAGUAGCUCGUGAGUUUCAUAGGCGGAGCUUAGGAAUCAAGUUUGAAAGUCACAAGGUUAAGGAAGAGGCAGAAGAGAAGGCACCUGAAGAACCGAUUCCUGAGACAACACCAGAGACUCCUGAGAAUGUGGAGACUUCUGAAGCAACUCCAGUAGAACUUCCCGCUUCCGAACCUACGUCACCAGAUGUCGAAAGUCCGAAAAGGAACUCUAUUCGAAAGGCCACAGCUCGUAAAACAAGCUGUACGGUAGCUCUAGACGUUUACCGACGUCGAGGCUCAUCAAUUCCCGUUCGUUCUCGACUGAACAGCCUUAGCCUGGUCAGUGGAGAUAAGCUUAACUACCUGAGGGAUAAAUUCGGCACACCUGAGAAAGUCAUGCAUUUCUUCGGAAGAUGUUUUGUAAAGUUCUUCAGUAAUUAUGGAUACGACACCAUGAUCCGCGCGACCGGCCGUUACUUCUGCACGUUCCUGCAGUCGGUGGACAACAUCCACCAGCGCAUGCGCUUCACAUUUCCGCGCAUGCGCUCUCCCAGCAUGCAACUCACUCGAGCGCAUAGGCAUGGAGCUGAGCUGGUGUAUAGCAGUGGCAGGACUGGCUAUACACAUUAUCUUAUGGGUCAGCUGUACGAGAUAGCGGAGGAUAUUUUCUCUCUGAAGCUGAAGGUGUCAGUAGUGAAAGAGAGUAUGGAAGGAAGUUACUACGUAGCAGUGCUGAGACUGGAAUUUGACAACAGCGACUAUGUCCAAUCACUUAUGUUACGAAAGAGCCUACCGUGCCCAUUGCCAGCAGUGCCGGCGUCCUUACUGCUGCAGCUAUUCCCUUUCGGAGUCCUGCUUGACAGAAGAAUGAAGAUACUCAUGGCUGGAGAGAGAUUAGUAGCAGCCUGGGGUGGUCCUGUGAACCGCAUAGAAAAGUCAGCAAUCUCAGAAAUUUUGCGUCUUCGGAAACCAAAAGUAUCUUUCACUUGGGAUAAGGUGGUAUGCAUGCAGACAAUGAUCUUUGAUCUGGAACUGCUCCGGUACCGUGCCCGUGGUAUCACUGACGCUCGGCGCGGCUCCCACGGUGCUCGAUCCGUGCUCCUCCGCGGGCCCAUCUACUUUCUUGAAGAAAUAGAUGCUUUAAUAUUCCUUUGCAGUCCUAUUUUCAAUGAUCUUGAUGAGCUUCGACAAGCAGGCCUGUACCUGGCCGAUAUGAACGGUCACGGACUUUCUAAAGAGAUGCUUCUCCAAGGAUGGCAACAUCUCUCCCGGUUAGAGCUACUCUUCGAGAAAGCGGAGAGCAGGAGUAUGUCUCUGGAGAAGUCCUGCAGACUCCUGGACCAGUGGAAGAAGAGGGGGGAUCAGUUGCUGUACUCAAUGAUACCGAAAGGAGUCGCUGAUCAUUUGAGAGCGGGGAAAGAUCCUAUGGCGGCUUGUCAGGCGUUUGAGAACGUGACGAUAAUAUUUUGCGGCGUACAAAUAGCAGAAGCCGGGACCCGUGCUGACGUUAUGCAGACCGUCGCCUAUAUGAAUGAUGUUUACUCGAGAAUCGACAGGCUCCUUGAUACACAUCGAGUUUACAAGGUGGAGACAGUUGGUACAGUAUACAUGUUGGUGUCGGGUGCCCCGGAGCGGCGCCGCGCGCACGCCGCAUCUGCCGCCAGCGCUGCACUAGCCAUCGCACGCGCCAUUCCUGCACUAACUGUCGGUAUACACACAGGCCCUGUAGUAGCCGGUGUGUUAGGCUUGCGCUUGCCUCGGUACUGUUUGGUCGGGGACACCGUCAACACAGCCAGCAGGAUGCAGACAUCAUCCGAGCCCGGCCGUGUCCAAAUCUCGGCAGUCACGGCAGCGCAACUGCCUGCGGGAAGAUUCAGGCUUCGGCAAAGAGGGCCCAUCAAAGUCAAGGGCAAAGGAAUGAUGGAGACAUUCUGGCUUGAAGGGGAGGUGGAAGAGGAGGAACAGAACGAUGCGUUUCAUCUGUUCUCUAUACUAUGCGGUGACAACUAAAAUAAAUCUUGGCAUAUAUGUUAAAGCAGGGCAAUCUUCAAAUUAAAAAAUCUUAUUAUGUUUUAGAUUGACAAAAACAAAAAUAGGUCCUGAGCCUCAUAGCAUAAACAAAAAGA